UUCUCUGGUGACGUAAACAAUAUGGCAGCGAUCAUUGUAGGAACAUCAUCGUGAUAGUUCUGCGUUCUAGUUAAUUUGACUGCGACGCAAAUGUUAUUCUGGCGUCAGAGACACUAGUAGUAGUCCAGGAGCUUCAUAGUCGGAGAGGAUGGGAGAAGACGACCUUAAUUUGGGCUUUAAGCCUCAAAAACAGGUUAUUUACAACAAGCUCCUUCCAUACAACGAACACAUAGGCCAAGAAAUACUCGAGCAGAUAUGUGAUAUUAAGGAAAAUUUAGCUAAAGCUGUUAUUCUUCGUGACGUUAGACCAGGAUGCAUUCACUGGGUGGCCAAGUUGUCCAGAUUCAUCAAGCUUUAUGGCUUGUGCUUCUCCAAAGAAGAUCACAUACUUCUGGUGAAACUUAUGUACGAACUGGCAGUCACCUUCAACCAGGAGUUCUGGGUUAUGGCCAAAUUUGCCCAGAUGCUGACAAUUUUAUUAAAGAAGAAGGAGCUGUUAGCUCCAGGUGAGCUGAUUUUGGAGUGGCGUCCACUCUACGACCUGUACAACAGUCUAUUUUACAACUCGUACAAUGCAAUUGGGAUGUUAAUGCUGCCAUCGCGGACCAGGAGGGCUGCCAGUCGUUUGUUUAGCCGUAGGAAGGGAGAUACAUCAAAUGCCGAGGGAGUUGUGGAGAGUAUGGUACGUGUUUGUAGGCCGUACUUCCCUCUUGGGUCUACUUCAGAAAUCUUGGAAGAGGUGCGACCAAUGAUGUGCCCAUUUGAUAUGACGAUGCAGCGAGCGAUGGUGUAUUUAGAACUCUUUCUACCCACUUCCCUUAGUCCAGAACAGGCAGAAUUUGGCUGGAAAUUGUGGAAAGAUGAGUUACUGGGUAUCUGGAAUGCGUGCCACAACAGCAACUUCUGGUUUUGGGAGAACAGCAUGUUCUGGCUGUUCUCACGGAUGGCCUGGCACAACAUUGGUUAUGUAGACUGGGAAGAACAUCUGCCUUUGGUCUUCACUAAGGUACUGCGUUCGUUCAGGCUGCCAGUUUCGUACAAAAAAGCUCAUGUUGGGAAAGGAGAUGGUCUUUCCCAGUUUGCCUCGGCUAUGUUUAUCAUUGCAAAUUUGGGAGGAGGAAGCAAGACUCAGGAGCACCUGGAUAGAUUGUUCAAGUCUCUGGAGUCGUAUUAUCAUCCAUCAAACUCUGGACCUUGGAGCCGCCAUCUUCAUGAAUUCCUCAAUAAACUUACACUCCUCUUCAUAAGACGGUUACACAGAGAACGGUAUAAGAAACCAUCUUGGGAAGUGGAAGUUACUCCCGACAAGAAGUUAACAGAAGAAGAAAUUACCACAUUUGUUCGGUGUGUUCAGACUCCCACAAUGCUCACAAUGUUUUCCCACACGGGCACACACGAUGCUGGGAUUGUGUUUCACAGACUCUCGCUUCUGCGGCCAGAAAUUGUCAUUCCACCCUUACUUGAGCAGCUGUACUCCUCACUGGAGACGACAACAGAGCCACAUCGUCUGACUGCAUCUUUAGAGUGCGUAGUGUGUGUGGCCCGGGCCUUAGUCAGAGGUGGCAAGCACUACCCAGAAGGCCAGAGACAUGCUAUUCCCCUGCUCCUCCAAACGUUACCAGGCAUUGAUCCCAAUGAUAUAAAAAAAUGCAUGGUAACAUUUCAGUUCAUCUACACAUUGGUGACUCUUGUACCUUUUGUUGAUUGUUCAGCAGCUGUUGAAGAGUAUACUGAUUUGACAGAAAUUGAGCAAGAAGUGUGUUUACAAACAACAGGAUUUGAAGAUUUUGUACUUCAGUUUAUGGACCGUUGUUUCGCCCUCAUUGAGAACUCCACCCUCGAGCAAAUAACACAGUUAGACAGAGAGACGGAAAAAAUGAACAGAGAAGAAAACAUGUUAGAAAUGGGACUCUCAUCAACAUUCUCAGCCAUUCUUACUCAGGCACAUCCACAAAUAUACCAGGCUGCUCUCCAGCGUUUACAAACAUUCAUUAAAGGAAAGAUGAUAGAAAUUCAUGUAGCAGGCAAAUUUGCUGCAAACAUGUGCCGUUCAGCAGUUAAAGUGAACCCUUCCGAGGCACUAAAAGCAUUUGUGCCUGGAGUGUGUCGCUUAUUAUUGGCACUGACUGAUAAUGAUGAAGUACAAAACGAGGAACAUUUGGAUGAUGAGCUUCUGUUCAAUCUUCUCUUACUCUCUGAGCUUGUGCGCUGCAGUGGUACACACCUAAUAAGAUAUGUGCCACAAAUAACGCAGGUGUUAACCCGGACGCUGCAUCUCAAGAGCCGAGAAGGAUACCACCUUGCUGGCUCAGUCCUGCGAUAUCUUUUGAAAUAUCUUGGUAUUACUAUGCCUGAAGAGUACCGUUCAAUGCCACAACAAUGGGAUGUACCAAUUGCUGACUCUCUUCCAAUUAGGCACUGGGGAGAGGCUGGUGAUACACACAAUCUUGGUCUGAAGUGGGUGGAGCCUGGUGAUGCUGAGGAAGCUGCAAUGACAACACUUGUUCGUACCUUCCUCACUCCAGAAUUAACUCUCUUGCAUCAAGUAGCUAAAGGAGAGAAAGAGGUAUCAAGAGAGGUGUUGCAGCAAAGUCUUGCUAUUACUUUGGAUAUAAUAUUGGGAGCUGGUGUUGCUCUUCCUCACUGGGAUGAAGAACCCAUCACACUGAUAGAUAUGGCUGUAAAGAAAGAUACCUACGAGUUCAUUGUUCGAAAACGAGAGUUGAUUGUAACUCUCAACUCUGAGCGCUUCCCAUCAAAUGUGCGCAAAGCUGUGGCAGAUGUUACUCUUGAUUUAGUGGAUAGAUUACUUUCCCAAGGGUCUGAUGAUACUAAAUCUCUCUGUCGGGCAAUAAAUAUAUACCAUGGGCUAUUUUUCUUCCAUGGUGUGUCUAAAGAUGACUUUGAUGCACGCUGGAAAAGCUUCCAGUUCAUCAAAGAUGCAUUGGCCAACAAGUUAGCUCGAAAUAAACAACAUAUACGAUCCCUACUUGUGGAACGUGCUGUAUUGCAUCAAGAGAGUCGCAUGUUGGAGAACAGUGUGAGGAACAUCACAGCCACAAGUAAGGCUAUCAUGGGCAGCCUUCUGCAACUGUCUACAAGUCAGUACAGUGAGGUUCGCAGCAAAAGCCAGAACACCCUGAAUCAGGUGUUUCAGUGCUUCCCUUACUCUUACAAACUUACUCUGCCAGAUCUUGUUACUUGCCUUCAAGUUGACCCUGUAGAAAACCACGAGCAGUUCAAAGGAAGUCUCUACCUCUUGUUGGGGCGUCAGAACAAGUCACUAAUGGUACGUCGGGACUGGGAGAGUCUUAACAUGGUGUGGCCAGCUUUAAUUGCUUCCAAGCACUCAGAGAAGCCAUCAAUAAUUAGAUUGAUGAAUGCACUCUCAGAUGCUGUGUACUAUUACAUGGAGCUCUUUGCAAUAUUUCAUCAGAUAUCACCAGGUGUUGUUAAGGCAGCAGAGGCACUCUUGCAGUCAAAUUCUCCAAAGGUGAAAAAUAACAUUGUUACCGAGGACGCUAGGACAUUAGCCUGUGAAAAGUUAGCACAAAGAGGAAACUCCAAUCAUGAUCUUUAUAAGAAUCUUGUGAGCAAGCUUGAACAUCUUGAUUCAGGAACACUGCAUUGGCGCACCCACAACAUGGCUCUCAACCUUCUUGGUUGUCUCAUCCGUCCAGAUGUCACAUUUCCUGCUGAUGGUGUCCGAGCUUUUACCUGCAGCCUUAUUCAUGACAACAUUCGUAUAAGAGAAACAUCUAUAUUCUACAUGCCAUGGAUCCUCAAGAAUCAAAAGCGGAAGCACAAAAAAAUCCAAAUCAACCCUUAUAAUGUUGAUGAUGUAAAUAAUGUUCCUGUCAGAAUAAUUCCUGGAGACUCCAGGCCUGACAAUUUAUGGAUGCAGUACAACAGUAUGAAGAAAAUUGAAACUGAGGAGCACUGGGAAGAUACAAGAUAUGUAGAAAAGACAUAUUAUGGAUGGUAUACUUGGCCAAAAUCAUUGAUGAUUUAUGCUCCGCCAUCACAGCAGCCUCCACUAGAUAGAAAAAGAGAAGAGCUCAGUGAUGAAGAGCAGGUGGUUUAUGAUUUCUUCAUGUUACAAGAUAAUGUUGACAAAUUAAUAUCAUUUUUAUCUCUAGAGGAAAAUAAGGAACGCGAUAAUUUCAACACUCGCCGUUUCUGGAUGUUUAAGGGCUUGUUCCGAAACUUUGGAGAUACCUUCAUGCAUGUGUUGCAGGGCCAUGUCAAGAGACUUGUGGGAGAGACUCAGAAAAGCAGCCAGAGAUGUGCCACAGAGAUCAUUACUGGUGUAAUCAUUAAUUUCAGGUAUGAUUCGGGAAGCAAACAUUGGACUUUUGCCAAGCAUCAGGCAUUGUGGGAGGUAUUAAAGCCUAUCCUGCAGAUUGGUAUGGCCAAAGUGACUGUUGAGACAGUAGAAGACUGGGGUACGUGUAUGGCCACAGCCAGUGCUGACCGAGACCCCAAUAGAUUAGCCCCGCUAAUGGAGCUCUUGAUGGAUGAUCCCCUUAGAGCUAGUGAAGGAGCAUUUAAUGGGUCAAGCCGGAUGUACAUGUUAAUGGGAGGUUUAGGGCAACAAGAGUGGCGUGUAGCAGAAUUAAGUCAUCGGUUACUCGAGUAUCUUCGACCAUCACUUUCACAUCCAUACAAGAGCAUCAGGGAUAGACUAGGAAGUGUGUUAACGGGUAUCUUCAUGUAUGACUUGGUGCUGCCAGGAGGAAUAACCUCCCGCUAUCCUAGUAGUGCAGAAUUUAUAGACUAUAUACUUCCUCAGUUAUCAUUACUUAUUCAGGAAUCAGACUCAAGCAUGGCCUAUGAUUGUGACUCUGAUAAUAUGAAAUGUGGGUCAUCCUUUUCUCUGUCCCAAGACAUGCCUCCCUCCCCUCCACAACCUAAUAAUACAGUGUUCAGUGAAAAAGGUGUUUCUUCAUUAAUGAAUAUACCAAAUUCCUCCCUUUUGGGUAGUGACAGUUUGACUAAGGUGUUGAAUUCCAUGCACAUUAGUGGCGCUUCACAGAUCUCCUUAUUGAGUCCACUGUCAAGCCACCUUGCCAGCCUGGAGCCACCUAGUCUUCUGGCUGGACGAGACAACAAGGACACCCUUAAAGUCAGUGCAAAGAUGAAGCUCAGAGAUAACUGUGAUAUAUCUAGUGAUGUUAUAUGUGAGCCUAUUAAUGUAAUACCCUCAGAUUCUAUCAUUAAUGUAAAGAACAAUAUUCAUGAAAAUCACAUCAAAAGUCCAGCAAAUGGCUUUUUUGGGGGCAGUGAAGAACGCAAAAUAACAGUGCGCCUCAUGAACACUGUGUGCCGGUGGCUCGUGGGUCAGAUGGGGCGUUGCUACAAUGGUGUCACACCAGAAAUUUACAGGUUCCUCCCACACUUAUGUAAGUUGGAAAGUGUUGACAAUGAUCCAGAGCUUCGUGGUAAUUGUGUGGCAACAUUAGCUGUCAUUAGUCAAGCUCUGGUUCUUCCUGCGCGAAUCCCAGUGCUUAUGGACGCCAUCACACAGGUAGCAAAGAGCAGUUGGUGGCGUGCCCGAGCUGCAGUGUUGUCCCUGCUGCAGGUGGCUGUCUUCACCAACAUGUUCACCAUCCUCAGUGAUGAGAAAGCAACUCAACAAGUUCAAGAGCUGGUGGUGGGUCUUUUAUCUGACGUGAGGCUGGAGGUACAGCAGAUGGCCUCUACUGUUCUCAGUGGACUUUUGCACUGUAAAUUCAUUAAGGCAGAAGAUAAACUACUGGGAGAAUUUACGUCCAAGCUACAGAAUGGCCGUGAACAGAAAAGAAGACAAAAGGAGCCUUUAAAAGCCCAAGAACUUUUAGAGUUACAUGCAGGAGUGUUGGGGCUGUGUGCAUAUGUCAGUGCCUUCCCCUAUGAUGUGCCUGACAUGCUGCCUCAAGUGUUAGUCACACUUAGUGAACAUCUCAAUGACCCACAUCCAAUACCUGCAACUAUCAAAAAGACCCUUAGUAAUUUUCGACGAACACAUCAUGACAACUGGCGAGACCACAAGCAGAAAUUUACUGAGGACCAGCUGGUAGUAUUGACAGAUCUUCUGCUCUCUCCAUCCUACUAUGCCUAACAUUUUAUGAUUUAUGGUGAAAAACAAUUAUUCUUGAAGACAGGCUAUGAUAAUGUGGUUUAAACUUUUAUAAGCCAUAGUACUGUAGAAGUACCACAUCUUCACAGCCAGUUUUCUCAUUAAACCUUCGUCUAUGGAGGACUCUGUUUGCCAGGAUGUCUGGCUUUUGUGUAUGUGUAUUUUGUUUUAUAUGCAAUAAAAGGUACUGUAUGGGAGGUUAAUGUUAGUUGAAAAUGUUAAUUUUAUCUUAAGAGAGCUAAAGACUGUAAUUUAAAUCUAUGUAAAUUUGUAGUUCUGAAUUCAAUAAUUUGGAAAAACUUAGUUUUCUGCCUUUUAAGCAUAAAACUGGAUAUAUCUUAGUCUACUCAUCCUAUUCACAAAUGUUAGGAUUUGCUUAUAUCAUUUAGUCUUGAUAGGUGCAGCCCAUUUGACAUUAUUAUUUCUUUACAAUUUGACAUUCUUAUUUCUUUCUUUACAAUGAGUAUAUAUGAAUUUAUAAUGCAGAGCUCUUACCAAAUAUUAGUUGGCAGUUUAGUAUGAAUAAUUAAUAUGGCAUUUGAAAUAUCAUUGCUCCUGGUGUUUUUACUUACACUGUCUAUCAGUCUGAGGGAUGUAUUUUAACCCUUUCAUUGGUCAUUACAUAUAUCUACAUCAUUAAUGCCAGGGUUCCUCACAUAAUCUUCAUUUUGAGCUUGGCUCCCUCAGAUAAGCUAUGAGCAGUAAAUUUUGGCCCUAGAUGUAGGAGAAUGGGUCUGUGUGGUGAGUGCAUACAGUAUAUAAAAAAAAUCCUGACCCAUGCAGUGCAUGAUGAGAAAAGCAAAACUACGACUGUUGGAUUCAUAAUAGCAAUUAGUAAUUUUUAUAAAAAUUAGCAAAAUUACAGGCUUCUGUGCACUUUAUAGGUUAGUUCUGAUAGUUGAAUGAGUUUUUUACUUGAUAAGUAGAACAGAAAGCAUACUAGCAAAAUGGCUAAGAGUUUGACUAAAUUGAGCAAUGUAAUUGGCUUAAGCUAGGACUCAGGUGGCAAAAUCAUCAAUGUGUAAAUUGCACCCAGACUGCUAACAUAUCACCCACAUAAUUCUGCAAGUUUUCCAUCAAAUUUCAUAUUUUUUUUUGUCAUUAACUUCAGAAAGAUUCUGUGGAUACUGAGCACUUUAAUUUUGGGAGGAUGGACAGUGAAAGGGUUAAUAUUUAUACUCUCUCUUGUUGCAGUUUCCUGCUGCCCACAUCUGGUACAUGUACACACACACACACACACACUCGUGUCUUUGUCUGCCUUCCACCCUCUCCUUCCCAAUCACCUCCAACAUACCUUCCACCAUCACCCCAGUUAAGACCUCUGUAUCAACCUGUCUUGUCUCUGGUCCAUCUAAGGGCACCAACCAUCAUACUCGAUACCGUAUUCAGAUUUUUCAUUACAACUCAAAACCAAGUUCCUUUGAGGGUAAAUCACAAAUCAAGCUUAACAUAACUAAGCCCAUUAUAACUUGAGUGACCACUGUAAUAGCAUUAUGGGUAUUAUCAGUGUGCUGAGUGAAUCAGCAGUAGUAGUUUUUUAUUCACCAACUGUACUGAUGGGGAUUUGGCUCUUAAGAAACUUCAUUGGUUCUGAAAUAUGUUGGUUUUACGUGAUGACUGUGGUUUCAUAACUAUGUAUGCAGCAUCUCACUUUUAAUGACCAGUUUUGCAUUCAGAAAAUCUCAUCAAAUGGUAGUGAGAGCUUCCUGUGCUGGACACAGCAAAUGCUGGAGUUUACUAAUACAAUGAGAUCCAAGGAAGCUUUUAACAAGCUAGACUGCUAUCAGUACUGUCAAGAACCAUGUACAUUACUCAGCACACUGAUAAUACCUAUUACUACUACUCACCAAUGCACAACUCAAUAUGAUACAUUUCAGAUUAUACUUAGGGUGAACUAGUAGGCUGACUGUAGUGCUCCUUUAUAUUUGCUUAACCUCUAUUUACACUUUUUUCUAUUCCUAUAUAAUGUGCUACCACCAGGUAUAUUCUGUCAGACUUGAGACCUGCUAUGAAGGUGAAACAUUGUCUUAACGAAAAAAUCAAAUCUCCUUUUGAAUGCAUUAUUCUUUUGUAGACAUCUUGAAAAUUGGUGCAUGUGUUCAUGCAGGUGUUUAUUUCUGUUUAAGCAAGUCUUCAAGUUAUGAGGUGGUGACCUAGUAGUUAAAAAUGCUAAAGGCAAAAAAAAAAGUAGUGCAAGAAUUAGGUUUUAAAAAUAACACUAACACCACUAUCUUUUUGUUUUAAUCGGUAGUAUUGCACAGGAAAUGUUA